UUGACAACGCAUCUGCAUUUUGAUUCGCAAACGAGGAUUGAUCUUUGCCCUUACAGGAUGCUUCAGAACAUAUGGAAGCACCAAACAAUUGACAGCCACUUGAGUAUUUUCAUAUUAGUUUUGUGUUUGCUGCACCUUCGUUCUUUAAAGACCAGCCCUUCAUCCUCACUAUAUCGAAUACUUUGUUCCAAGUUCGCGCACAGUAACCGACAGAUUCCACAUGAAUAA